CAAAAAAAAAGGCAGGCCAUUUGCACAAGCGUAUGCAAGUGUGGUGUAAGUGUUGCCUUGCAGGAAGUAGCUCUGCAGUUCUGUCUAGUCUCGACUGACAUGGGGACCGAAACACUGCUUCUCAUUCUCACAGCACUGGCUGGCUGGUCGUUUCAGGAGGUCACCAGCCUCAGUCGUGUAGAUCGGUCUCCUCCUGGUUCAAUAAGCAACGUCAGCAAGAAUGACACGGGAGUCCAAAAGGCAGUGCUGACCGGAACCUACGCGUUCAACAACCGAUCGAACGAUGCAUUCCUUUUCAAGGCAUUGGAAAUUGAUGACGCCAAGAAACAGAUUGUGAAAGGAAUCAAGUACAUUCUUGAGGUGCGGAUCCUGCGCACUGUCUGCCGAAACACUGACAAUGCGGACCUGAACAACUGCCACUUUCAGCCAAAAGGAAAGCUGCAUCAGAUCUUCCACUGUCAUUUCGAGGUGUGGGCCAUGUCAUGGCUGAAGCUGAUGAAGACAACGUUCUUGUCCUGCCGGCCUUAAGUGUGGAGAAGAAAGGGCUCUCCGAGACUGUGUGCCUCUGGUCCUUCAUGCACACAUUUUCCUGCAUUAUCAAAUGCGCAUUAUCACACAGCGAAUGCAAUUCCUUUUCAGUGCACAGCACCCGACCACUGUGAUUUGAACAGGGGUUCAAAUUUCUGCAACCACCUUUUACUUUAUGCACAUGAGCUUCAGUUGGAGGACAUUUUUUACUCAGGAAAAUGUAAAAUGUAAUGUAAUUUAGUCAACUAGCGGGAAAAAAAAGGAACAAUUCAU